ACGGCGGCCGGGGGCUGUCGGGGGUUCAGGGCCCGGUCCGGGCGGCCCUGCGGGCGGGAGGGGCUUCCAGAACCGGGCAGCCCCCGGUGUCCCCACUCGGGCCCUGGCGCAGCCGAUCCGAUCCGGUGACCCGAGCGGGACGAGGCGCUGGCUGGAGGCGCAGGGCUGGGGACAUGGCGGUGGUGGGAGGCGGCACUUGUCAGCCCCGGCCGCCGCAGCACGGGGGCUGGGUUCUGGUGUCAAAAAGCGGUGAUGCUCGGCCUGUGGAAUGAGGGGGAGCUGUAAUUACAGCUGCUGAAACGGUCCUGUAACCUUCAGACUCUUAACUGGCAAAAUAACUUUACAAGCUAUAGUGGUUAUUCUAUGCUGUGGUUCAACCUGCAGCUCCUAACUUUGAAAGCAAGUUAAAUCAAUAAUACUAGUGCAGCUGUAAUUUAAAAAAAAAAAAACAAACCCAAACCUCAUCAAACUCAUAUCUUUGAGAAAUUGUUUUGAACUUUUCCACAUUAUUAAAUCUAGACACCUAAAAUUCUAAUACAGAUGGAGACGUCCAUGUAGCACAAGUGUUGGCUGGCAAGACUUCCGUGGGGUGGGUUUGAUGCACUUCUCAGAGAAAACUCGCAGGCAUCGCGUCCUGGCAGCCCUGUGGCCUCCCACACGCUGAAACCACCGCUUGAGGAAGUGUCAUCGCACAAAUAAAAUGCAUGGAUACAAAUUAAGAAAAGACUGGUAAAUUUUCAUGUAGUUAGCUCAUUUGUAUGUUGUUGUUUGGUUUUUUAAAUCAAUAGGGGAAAAGCCUUCGUACAAAUGUAGAUGUUCAGAAGGAGAAAUUGAGCAGUUAUGGCAAAGGAUAAGAAGAAGGAUGGCAAGAAGACAGAAAAGUCUGCCCGUCCUCCUGUUCCUUCAUGUGAUACUACAGCUGAGAGUAGUUCACCACAGCUGGUGGAUUUGCAGACCUUAGUGAAUGGAGUGGACGAAGCACAGGAAAACCCAGUGGUGUUGGAUAAAGAACCAGAGGAGGCAGAGGAGCCUCCAGUCCAGGACGUUCCGCAAUACUACGAGGAGCCUAGUCUUACUGAAGUUAUUGUAAAAAGCUAUGAAGGUGAAAAAGUCCAUGGAUUGUAUGAGGGUGAAGGAUUUGCAUGUUUUGAGGGUGGAAAUACAUAUAAGGGCAUGUUUUCUGAAGGUUUUAUGCAUGGACAAGGGACUUACACGUGGGCUGAUGGAGUCAAGUAUGAGGGAACAUUUGUUAAGAAUGUGCAGAUGCUUAAUGGCCGUUAUACAUGGAAUGAUGGCAGCAUUUAUGAAGGAUCUGUCAAGAAUGGACUUAGGCAUGGAUUUGGAUUUUUCAGGAGCGGUACUUGUCCUGUUUCUUACAUUGGCUAUUGGUGUAAAGGCAAAAGACACGGAAAGGGUACUGUUUAUUAUGAUAAGGAACAUACCUCUUGGUAUUCAGGAGACUGGGUAAAUAACAUCAAAGAAGGAUGGGGAAUGAGAUGCUAUAAGUCUGGAAAUACCUAUGAAGGUCAGUGGGAGAAAAAUGUACGUCAUGGCAGAGGAAGAAUGAGAUGGCUGACAGCUAAUCAGGAGUAUAUGGGACAGUGGGUGUAUGGCAUACAGCAUGGAUAUGGCACCCACAUAUGGUUUUUGAAGAGAAUGCCUAUGUCUCAGUAUCCUUUAAGGAAUCAGUACAUAGGUGAUUUUGUAAAUGGGCAACGACACGGCCACGGGAAGUUCAUAUACGCCAGUGGAGCAGUGUACGACGGUGAAUGGGUUUGCAAUAAGAAGCACGGCAAGGGCAAGUUUGUCUUCAAGAAUGGUCUCGUGUAUGAAGGAGGGUUCAUAGGUGAUCGUAUAGUAGAAUCUGCAGCUUUUCAAAUGGAUGCAAUGGAUGCAGAAGAGCUGAAUGCCAUUUGCACAGGAAGUUAUUUUGGCACUGUAGAAAACGUCACAAUCGUCAAUGGCUCAAAAGAUACUUCUGCUCUGGGAUCAAAUAUUGAGCUGGAUUUAUCUUCACUGCUUGACUUGUUGCCGAGAGAGGAGAGGCAUGAAGAAGUAAAACAAGUGAUAAAACGCCACUUGAGGAGAUACAUUGUCCACAUCAGACUUUACUGUUCAGGACCUUCUUAUCUUAUCUUAUUCGUCUGGCAUUUCAUAUCUAUCAUGAAGAGUACAAACGAGUAUUUUUGUUCCAGCGCCAGAGACAAAGGUCCUUGUCUGUGUAAGUGUUUCCUAGGAGUCAUGGCCAGGAACGUUACUCCUGCUGCCUGUCAUAUCCAAGGUACCUUAUUUUCUGAAGAACGAUGCACAGUUUUUGCCAUGAACUACCUUGACAAAUGCUGGGGAAUAUAUCGAGCUUUUUGUAAACCAAGCACCAGACCUCCAUUUGAACCUACAAUGACAAUGAGGCAUUUCCUUUGCAUGUUGAACGAUUUUAAACUUCUCAGCAAACAAUUAACUGCUUCAAGAGUUGUGGAAAUAGUUGUCAACGACGGCCCCCCUCUGCAUGACAGCAGCAGUACCAGCCUGGAGCGGGAGUUGGUUUUUCUUGAAUUUGUUGAAGCUCUUCUUGAUUGUGCGUUGGUGUUUGUUACCGGCGAUGUGAUUAAGGAGCAAGCAGAUCGUGAUAAUCAGAAAAGAAGCAGCUUUGGAAUUGCGGGCCAAUCCGAGGGAACCACAGACGCGUCUCUGUACCCAGAAUAUUCUCUGUCCCAGUGCACCACCAACAGAAGUGCAGCUGGUACAGACAUAAAUGAUGAGAUUUCCGAGGCAGCUGAUCACGCGUGGUUGUCUUCAACCACAGUUGUGCCAUCACAAGACGAAAUAAAGAAACAUGAGUCUCAGGGACCUUGCGAAGGCAGAGGGCAACCUCAAGAGCUUCUGCUGGAUACCAUCCUCUCAUUUCACACAACUCCUGGGGAUACCGAAGAUGCUCCAUCAUUGCUCAGCAGGGAUGCAGAAAAAGAACAAGGUUUCAGUGCAGCAAAGGAGGUGACAGAUGUACCAGAAGAAGCCAAAACCGAACAAGAUGCGGAAUGUAGUUUGUGGAUGUGUCAGAUGCAAAUCUUUUUUACAACGAAGUUCUUUCCUGCCUACCAGCAUGAAGAGGUGCUGGUGGAGAAAAUGAAAGAAAAUCGAGUUCGGGAUGCUGAAUUAGCUGAGCUGAGAAAGAACAAGGAUGAGGAACUGGCAAAAAUUAUUGCUGAACGAGAAGCAGAAGAGGCAAAAAGGCAAGUGGCAGAAAAGGCGUUAGACUCCAGGAGCGCACAUUCUAAGGAGCCAGAGGAGCCCGACGCGCCGGCGGUGAAGGAGCCGUCCGGCAGGUCGCAGCCGCCCGUCAGCAAGGCGCCUGCUGGCAAAAGGAAAAAGAAGAGAUCGGCCUUCUGAUGGAACUGCUGCCGCUUCAAGUGAGUACUCCUGGAAGGAGGAAAAACACUGCAACUGAAGAACCCGACUGCCAGUAAGGUCUGAAAUACAAGCACAAUAAAACGAUGCACAAGACAUGCUGGUUUCAGAGGGAAAUGCUCUUACACCAAGGGGCUUGGGAGAAGGAAUACAGUCAUUUAUACGAGUGUAACCCUUUAAACCGAAGUGGUGCAGAAGGCAGUAUCUGACCUGCAGCUAAAACGUAACAGGCUGAAGCAGCUGUGUUUGUUCAGGGAUCUUUUGUAGCUGGCCUAGUUUCACAGUGUAGAAAAUGAACAGAACGUCACGCGAUGAUGCAAACGAACACGUGAAGACUAAGAUGCCCCUAAAAGUGUAACAAUUAUUAAUUUUAUUUUCCAGGAAAAUAUUCACAUAACGAUAUCAGAAUGGAAUGGUACAGAUGAAGUCAGACUGGUUUUUAAUUAUUGUGCACAUAAACAUUUUAAAAUCUAAAAAUUUUAUGGUCAGAGUUUACAGAUUUUAGUAGAAAUUUGAUUCUUACAAAGCAAGUAUUGCUUUACUAUUGUCAUUAUUCCAGUCAAUAAUAUGACUAAUAACUUUUCAUAUGUUGAACAAGUAUCUGACAUUGACAUCUUCAAUAAAUCAGCCCUUUGCAAAUCAA